AUGACAGACGCCGACUGGAUCUUCGCCAUGAAAGAAGCCAAGAGAGAAGGCGACCUUGCCCCCGAGCUUCCGGAGCUGGGGCCUCGCUACCCGGACUGGAUCAUCCUCGCGAGGCGCGCCUUCAUCUCCGACCGCCAGAACGCGGCCGUCGCGGUCGCGGGGUGCACCAGCGACGGAAACCCCAUCGAGGUGUUCCUCUUCGCGGCCGACCCGCCGGCCGCCUCCCACCUCCGAGUGCACUGCCCCGGCAGGAACGACCAGUUCAGCAGCCACAACCCCGCGGUCAUCUUCUCCCGGGACGACCUCAUCCUCUUCGAGGUCUGCUUGGACCGCGGCCGCGUCAGCGACUACUUCAUCUACCGCGCCCACCCGAGGCACCCUUCGCUCCUCCUGAUCCCGGAUCCCGACGAGCCCUGCAGCUCGGGCCUCUGCAACACCGGGAUAGUGCGCUGCGGCGCCGACCACUUCGCCGUGGUUUCUCUCUACUGGGACUCCGGGAUGUUCAAUUUGACUGUCUUCUCCUCCAGGACGGGGGCGUGGACAACGAGGGUGGCGCCGGUGGAGCCAUCUAAAUGGGUUACUAAGAACCACCUCAACGUUCUAGGCUUCAAACCAACCAAGGGAUGUCAUGGCUGUGGUGAGGUGAUCAAAUUUGUUGAGGUGGAGUAUGAUGCCGAUGAGGAUGAUGAUGAUGAGGAUGAACUUGUCUACAAAUGGAUUGCUGUGACAAGGAGCAGGAAGCUUGAUUCGACGGAGUGGGGAAGGGCACACGAGGUCAGCAGUGAGGAUGUAACAGCCUCUGAAGAUUUUCAUGGGUGGUCUGAUCUGUUGCCUGAUAAGCUAUGUGUCAAUGGCAAACCAAACUUGAAGAAAAUGCCGGUGGGCCUCCCAACUUUGUGUGAGUUUAACAGCGUUAUGUACUUGAUGCGCAAGCUCAUGUUUUGGCACAGCAAGGGUUGGGUGCUUGCUGUUGACACAAAAUCGAAGAAGUUGGAAUCUGUUGCCAGGUUUUCUGCAGUGAGCACCCUUGGUUUCAUGACAGCCUACUAUCCAAGUUCGUUCUCAAAAUAUCUCAAUGACAACAGUACAGCGCUUGGCGUGGAGCGGCGCGAGGAUCGGGAUCGCCACGCCGGCGAUGGUGGCAGCGAUGAGGGAGCAGGUGAUCCAAAUGAUACCCAACAUCGUGUACAGGACCCGAGGGCUCCCUCCGUGGAGUUCAGGGACGCCAGGGUCAGCCGUGUCAAGCGGGAGCUGCCUCCACGGCAGGACGACGAUGACCGGCGCCGGUCGGAUGGCUACUUCGACAUGCGGUGA